AUGUCUGAGAUUUCUGACCAUGAAACGAGUUCACAGAUUGUGGACUCGGUCAAUGACGCUGCAGCUGCUGCACAAGACCAAAAAAACCAACAAGAUUAUAACCUAGUGAGUGAAACCAAUGUCGACGUUGCUGGAGUUUCUGAUGGGCUUGAAGAUGAUUCAGAAAACGUUCUGGAAGCUCAAACCUCGCAGGAUGAUGCUCAUACUAGUGUCCAUCACAACGAUCAGGCCCAGGAAGGAGAACUUGGACAAGCAUCCAGUGACGCCCCUGCGGAGAAGAACGACACGGCGCAACACAGUGAGAAUCACGGGGAGGUUUCACCAUCAGCUGGCGACCAGGAUCACCAUGAAAUAGAGACGUCUGCCAAGCAUGAAGAUGCAGUUCAACAAGGAGAAGAUAACAAACAGGGCGAAGAACAGCCCUCUGUGCAAAGUGGGGACGAACUUGAGGAACAGAACAAAGAUGCAGAUCAAGACACCAAAGCGGGAAAAAAUGACCAGCAUAACCAGGAGGGUGAGAGUGACCCAGCAGAAGGUAGUAGACAAGAAGAAAUGGUUCAAGACGACGCAGGAGGCAACGGUGGCGAGGCUAGCGAAGAAGAUGAUCUGGAAAAACUAGAAAAACAAGCUCAUGAAUCUAUGGAUAAUUCAACUUCUUCUGUUGAGAACCUGCCCGCCUCAACAGAGCCCUCGACGAACGACGAAAAUGUGAACUACGAUCUUCUACAAAAACAGGCACAAUAUAUUAUGGAUAGCAACAUGUUAAACCUAACCCAAUUCAAAGAAAAUUCAGCAGAAAAUAAAAUUACAGCUCUCGUCAAUAUGUUGAACUCAAAUUCGGAAACCGCAAUGCCAAUGACUGAGUUUCAAUCCGCUGAGCCAGAAACGGCACGUACUGAACAAGCGCCACAUGUGGAGGAGGUUCAAAAACCUGCCAGACCUGAUUUAAACAGUGUCAUGACACCUGAGGAACGUGAACGCUAUACAAAGUACUUACAUGGUGAAAAUAAAAUCACUGAGCUACAUGAUAUCCCUCCAAAAUCAAGACUGUUUAUUGGUAACUUGCCUUUAAAAAACGUUUCAAAGGAGGACCUAUUUAGAAUAUUCUCCCCAUACGGUUUGAUACUUCAAAUCAAUAUAAAGAACGCGUUUGGUUUCAUACAGUACAAUAACCCAAAAAGUGUAACUACGGCCAUCGAGAAAGAAUCCCAGGAGUUAAGUUUCGGCAAAAAAUUAAUUCUUGAAAUUUCAAGCUCCAAUGCAAGGCCACAAUUUGAUCAUGGUGAUCAUGGUACAAAUAGUAGCUCCACAUUCAUUUCAUCCUCCAAGCGUCCUUUUCAAAGUGAUGAAAAAGAUGCGGGUGAAAUGUAUAAUGACAAUAACCAAGGGUACAAAAAGUCCAGGAGGUAUGUUCCUUCAUGCGUCAUUUACGUCAAAAGAACGGCUGAUCGUGGUUAUGCUUAUGAAGUUUUUAAUCAGUUCAGAAGAGGUACAGAUUUGGAAACGGAUAUGAUUUUCCUAAAGCCACGUAUGGAACUCAGAAGGAUGAUCAACGAAGUAGCUCAUGACGGAGUGUGGGGUGUCAUACUGGUAAAUAAAACGCGUAAUGUAGACAUUCAGACUUUCUACAAAGGGCCUCAGGGUGAGACAAAAUUUGACGAAUAUGUGAGCGUUUCAGCAGAUGAUGCGAUUGCUAUUUUUAAUAAUCUGAAACCUUCAAGAGGUGUGGGCGGUCAUGCAGGUAUGCAAAAUGCUAACCCUUAUGCUAGUCAACAAUCUCCACCUAUGCCCGCUCCACAACAAGGCUACUAUGGAGGCUACGGUAUGGCUGGUCAUAUGCAAGGACCUCCUCCAGUUCAGCAACCCCCUUACGUUCAACAAGGCUACGGUAUGCCUAUGCAAGCUCAAGGAUACGGUGCACCACAACCAAUGGCCCAGCCGUACGGGCGCUAUCAAGGUACACCGGCACCACUUAUAGAUCCAAAUUCAGCUCCUCAGCAAUUGAAUUCACUACUAGGAGCUGGCGGUCAAAUGAAUCAACAACAACUUUUAUCAGCAAUCCAAAAUCUUCCUCCCGCAGUUGUAUCAAAUCUGCUAUCUAUGGCCCACGGGCAACAGCAGCAGCAGCAGCAAUCGCCUCAUACACAGCAACAGUUAUUGGGCCUGCUUCAAUCGAUGCAAGGUCAACAACAACCCGCAGCUUUGAACUCCAUGGCACAGUCUGUGCCUCCAAUGAAUGACAGUUUUGCUCCUCAGCAUUCUUCCAUAAAUUCAGCUUCGUUGCAACAACCGCCACAGCAACAGCAACAGUCUUCGGCAGGCAGUAAUGUUCAAAGUCUCUUGGACAGUCUGGCCAAAUUACAGAAAUAA